AUGCCAUCGCCACCAAAGCCUUGGGAAAGAGCAGGAGGAGCAGCAGGAGUCAAUCCAACUAGUACACCAUCGUCAGCUGGUCCAUCUUCGUAUACAUCGACCACCACAACUAAUUCCAUGUCAACUGCCGGAGCUCCUGCUGUCCCUGCUAGAACUGGUGCGGUCAGUACUGUAUCUGGCCUGAAUCGUCCUGCAAUGCCGUAUGGUUCAACGUACGGACAAUCUGCUUAUGGCUCCUCAUACGGCGCAUCGCCAUACUCAUCGAGCUAUUCAUCGCCAUAUGGCUCAACGUACGGAAGUAGUUAUGGCGGUGUAGGUGGUUAUGGAUCUACGAUGGGAAGUUAUGGAUCGACCAUGGGCGGCUACUCCUCGCCCUACAACCGAUUUGGAAGCUCGUAUGGUGGCGCUAGUGCUUACUCUAGUCCAUACAACAGAUUCGGAAGUAUGGGAGGAAUGGGAGGAGGGUACUCUGGAUAUGGUAGUCCAUAUAAUCGAUUCGGUGGUGCUCCAGGAAUGCCAGGUCAACCAGAAGAAAUCAGUUUAACACAACGAAUGGAACAAUCAACCCAGAACGCAUUCAUGGUAUUGGACAAUAUAGUACAGGCAUUCGGAGGUUUCUCACAAAUGCUUGAAUCAACCUUCCAUGCUACGCAUUCGAGUUUCAUGGCAAUGGUUGGAGUAGCAGAACAGUUUGGCCACUUACGGAACUACUUGGGCCAAGUAUUAUCCAUCGUGGCUCUGAUACGCUAUGUUCGAGAUAUAGGAUACCGGAUAGUAGGCAAAGCACCACCAGCAAACCCAGCCGAAAUAUCAACAGAUAAUUUUACCAAGUUUGAACAAACAUCACAACAGUCCACACGACCAUUAUGGCUGUUUGCAUCACUAGUAAUAGGUCUACCAUGGCUCAUUUCUCGCCUGAUUUCAAGUCUAAACAACAAGAGAUUGGAAUCUGUAGCAGCUGGUACAGGUUUACCUGGUACUGCAGGUGCACCAGGAGAGCCUGGUAAAGACCCAAAUAAUCCCAAUGUCGCUAAUCCUGCUGGGUUGAUUGGACCAGAUGGACGACCAUUGACUUCAUCGCAAAUACGACAAUUGGAAUUCUGUAGAGGAUUAUAUGAUUUCAAUGGCGAAACACCCGCAGAAUUGACAUUUAGGAAGGGUGAUGUGAUUGCUAUACUGAGCAAAAUUGAUCCUGCUACGGGUAUGACUGGAGAAUGGUGGAGAGGAAGAAUGCAGUCGGGUACAAUUGGAAUGUUCCCAGCCAACUAUGUAGAGAUAAUUGAUAAGAAGACACCAUCAUCGUCCGGAAUGCCACCUGCAACCACUGACAGCCGAGCCGGCAAUCCGGCAUUAAACCCAGCUGCUUUUGCUGAGAAUAAUAAUACCAACACUAGCAUCAACACUCCUAGCUUAAAUCCUACCGAUUUUACAGCACAAUAG